UACCCUGACAUCGAAAUUUCCCAUAGUGAAAAGACCCGCUUUUUCUGUUGCCCGGAGUUGGUGGUAUAGGCUAUAUCUCUUUGAUUAACUCCGAGAAAUUUAGAGUACCAACUGGUCGAAAAAUCAGUGAGUUGGAACAUGGCUGAGAGAACCCAUGUGGCAGAACCAGCAAAGGUCCCGAAGAAGAGAAAGUUAGGGAAGAAGGACUCUAAGGCUAGGAAAAACACAAAGAAAGCAAUGUUACAGGGCAUUGGACAAACCAAGGUUAAGAAGAUUGACAUCAAAAUGAAAAAAUUGUUCCGCAAGCGGGCGCGAGAAUACAAUUCAGAUGACGAUGAUGGGGAUCAUGACAACAGCUCUAUGGCUGUGAUCAGAGAUGAGGAUUUUUCCGAGGAAGAAAAAAUGGAAGUGGAUGCAGAGCUGGAUAAUAUACUUCCUGAUGAUGAAGAAAAUGGUGAAAUUCUUCCCGGAAUUACCAAGUUUGCUGAGGGUUGUAGAGCAUUCAGGUUGGCAUUCAGGAGCAUUAUCAAGAAGAACGUGCCUGAUGAUUCACUCGGUCCAGUGUUGUCGGCGCACAAGAAGCUCAUUGCAGAAAAGCUCGCGGAAGAGGAUGCUGAGAGGAAGGUCAAGGUGGAGGUCAAGAAGGAAAAACAUUUGAUUGGAGAAAAGGGGCACGUGAAACCUGCUAAUUAUUUUGAUUCGCAUGAAAAGUUUCUAAUACUCGUUGCUACAAAAGGAGUGGUCAAGUUGUUUAAUGCUGUCAACAAGGCACAACAUUCUCAGAAAGGUUUGAAUCCUAUGAGGUCUAAAGAUGCAAAAGCAAUAAGGAAGCGGAGGAAAGAAACCUUCUUCUCAGAAUUGGGCAAGACAUCAAAGCCAGCAGCCAAUACUCUCACCAAGGGGCAUACAUCUCCUGGCCAGAGGGAUGGAGAAGGGCCUGCCUGGGCUCCCUUGCGUGAUAAUUACAUGUUAACGAAUCCUAAGUUGAAGGACUGGGAUAAGAUUCCUGAAGCAACUGUAGCAGGUGAGUUCAGAAGGAUGUCAGAACAUGGUAGUUCUGAUGAUGAUUAAUGUUUAGGAACUCAAAUAGGCUUGGGGAAAUUGAAAUUAUCCUCGUGUUUAGCUUGUUUUUUGUGUUUGGGUGCCGUUAUUGUGUUCCUAUUGCAUAGGAAGUUAUG